UCUUUUAAUAAAAAGUGCAAUUUAUGUUACUUUAUUGCUUAAUUCAUGUUUCAAAUUAUUUAAAAUAAUAAUAAUUCAUAUGUUGCUUUACAAAUUUGUGAGUGGAGGGGAGGAAAAGUGCGUUUCCGUGGAAAUGACGUCACACGCCUUGCAAUAAGGCGCAGGGCUGAGCUUCAGGAGGUGCGCUCCUCACAGCCAUCCUCUCACGCGCCUCAGAGAACAAACCCAGAUCAGAUGACGGAAUUUUUCCUCCUGCUUUCCUGGUCGACAGUGAGGAUGCUGCUGCGUGGCGAGUUCAGAGACACCCGUGGGCUUCCCGUUCUUCCUCCACGAGCCACCAGAAGCUGGGAUGAUCUUGACGCGCCCUCUGUGAUCUGAAAUGUUCUCUGGAAGCUUUUUCUAGAUCCGAAUUAACAUCUCAGGUGGAUCCGCUUGAUUUGGAUGUGGAUUUUUGUGGCGACAUCAGCAGAAGAAUUUGGGAUUCUAGUGGAUUUUCUGGAUCGUAAAGCGUGCCAGGACGCACCUGGGAGUCAGCUUCAGGAGGAGGAGGGGGACCCGGGACGCUGGAGAAAGACUUUUGACUGGGAGAAAAAAAGUCCAGACGAUGCUUCACUGUACCAGCUGUGAGAAACCUAUUCUUGAUAGGUUCUUACUCAAAGUUCUGGACAGACCCUGGCACGCCAAAUGCGUCCAGUGCUGCGAGUGCAAAUGCAGUUUGACGGAGAAGUGCUUUUCCCGGGAUGGGAGACUUUAUUGUAAGAAUGAUUUCUUUAGGAGAUUUGGAACCAAGUGUGGAGGCUGCUCGCAGGGGAUUUUACCCAGUGAUCUCGUCCGCAGAGCCAAAAGCAAAGUGUUCCACCUGAACUGUUUCACCUGUGUGAUGUGUAAUAAGCAGCUGUCUACAGGAGAGGAGCUGUACAUCCUGGACGAAUUCAAGUUUGUUUGCAAAGAGGAUUAUCAGAACUCCAACGGGAAAGACACAAUCCUCCUUUCAGUGACAACAUGCAGCGACCCUAGUUUGUCCCCGGACUCCCAGGACCCGCAGGAUGACGGGAAGGACUCGGAGAGCGGCCAUCUGUCCGACAAAGACGCAUGCGGCAACGACAACGACGAGCAGAGCGCGGUCGGCAAGCGGCGCGGGCCGCGGACCACCAUCAAAGCCAAGCAGCUGGAGACCCUGAAAGCGGCUUUCGCUGCCACGCCGAAACCCACCAGACACAUCCGGGAGCAGCUGUCACGAGAGACCGGCCUCAACAUGAGAGUGAUCCAGGUUUGGUUCCAAAAUCGGAGGUCCAAAGAAAGACGCAUGAAGCAGCUGAGCGCUCUGAGCGCGCGGAGACACGUGUUUUUCCGGAGCCCGAGGAGGAUGAGAGCCAUGGGGGAGAGACUGGAGCCAGGAGAGCUUGGCCACUUCUCCUACUAUGCUGAUUAUCCCGGUGAAUACUACGGCCCAGGAGGGAAUUACGAAUACUUCCAAGGCCCACCAUCAUCCCAGGCUCAGACUCCAGCAGAUCUGGGCUUUGUGCCCUCAACGGUCCCAGCCGGCACCCCAUUAGGAGGCACCAUGGACCCCCACCACCAUCACCACCACCACCACCCGUGCGCCGGAGACGCGCAGUGCUUCCCCGAGCCGGCGUCCCACCACCCCGCAAACUCGCCCAGCCCGGAGCCCGGUGGACCGGGCUCCAUUCACAGCAUCUCCAGCGAGAUGUGUGGCCCCAGCACCCCGUUCACCACAGUGUCGCUCAGCGACAACGGAUACACCGCCCAGCUGUCACAGCCCUCCUCAGAGAUGAGCGAAGGCACCGCCUGGUAACCCAGUCAACCCAAACCCUGCUGGAUUUAUUUAUUUAUUUAUUUAUUUAUUUAUUUAUUUAUUUAUUUAUUUAUUUAUUUAUUGUAACUUCACAAUGAUGGGUGUGACUUUCACAGCUUUGAUGGAGCAAUAACCUCCCACUUUUAUAGGCUGCAAACAAAGUUUGGUCCACUUGUUUACAAACAAACAAACAAAAGUAUCCCUCACUUAUUUCUGUGUUUGGAUCCGCCGCCCUACCGUCCAUUAGGUGAAGCCUCAACCAGGUUUGAUACCUGAGAAAAAGAAGAACCAGCUCAAAAAGAGAGAGGAGUAUUUUAAGUGAUGUGUCAGGGGAGAUCUACAGUUGUAUAUAACAGGAAUUCCCAAACAGUCUUAUUUAUUAUUUAUUCAUCCUUUUCCAGCCAAAGAACGGGCACAACAAAAGUGCAUUUCUCUUCAUUAAGCUGACUGAUGUACAAAAGAACAAACCUCCUCAUAGUGUUAUUUCAGAGGCGUCUCAUUUGCAGUGCUUACAUGUUUUUGCACUAUAUGAUUGUUUUUGAAAAUGAUAUUAAAGUGCACCGUUGUA